ACACCCUCUGCUGGGACCGCUGCACAUUGGGUGGCUUAAACAAAAGAAAUCUAUUGUCUUUAGUCCUGGAGCCUGAAAUCAAGGUGUCGGCAAGAUGGCUUUCUCCUGAGGCUUCUCUCCUUGGCUUGCAGACAGCCAGCUGUCUUCUACCUGUGUCUUCGUGUGGUCUACCCUCUGUGCCUGCACACGGAGAAAGAUAGUGGAACUCAUCCUGCUUUCAUAUUCACUGAUAUUCGGACACAAUGACGCUGCUGCAUGAUAACCUCUAUGAGCAUGUUUUCUUCUCUGGGAACAAGGAAGUAUAUGGUCGAUUCUUACUCAGCCGUAAAGCAAAGAAGAGCCGAUACAUUCCACCCUGUGGAUGAACCUCGAAAUGUGACUCUGAGUGAAAGAGCCACACAUAGAAGGUCACCCACUGUAGGAGUCCAUUUCUAGGAAAUGUCCAGAACAGGCAAAUCCAGAGCGACAGAAAGCAGGGAAUUUCCCCCAUCUCUGCCCUUUGAUUGAGGUCCCAGUGGGAAAGUGCAUAGGUGAUAAAUGUCUGCCUGUUCUAAAGAGAAGCUUCAGACAUGCAGAGGUCCAGAGUGGCACAAUUACCCCAUCACCCGUCUUGAGGAUCCCAUCCAGGAGGCCACAUGACAUGUGAGGUCCUGAGGCUCGCCUUGGCUCCGACGGUCUCUCAGCCUUUCCUUGUUUUGGUUGAACCUGACCGUGUUCGAGAGGACGGCUCAGUGGGAGAAGCCUUUUAACCACACGGAGGCGGCCCUUACAGGUGAGAGCGCGCUUACGUAAGUGAGGGGCUUUUAUUGAUGCAACUCACCAUGAUUUGUAACUGAUCAUUAUUUGUAAAACGCUGCGCAAACACUAGCGACCUCUGCACAGACACGAAGGUUCUUCCUAAAGAUAAAGGGCUCGUUAUGCUGUAGGGCGAUAUAACAGUAUGAGCAGCCUUCUACUGCAUGUCGCUGUUCAGCCGAGCUCCGUUGGGCCGCCUAUGCUAGCAGCGCGGUACCUGCGCGGGGGGGCCGCAGCUGCCCCGCGCCGACUUCCAGCUCCGCCCGGUGCCCAGCGGUUUCGCGCCCCAAGAACAAGAAUACCAGCAGGCCCUGUUGCUGGUGGUGGCCUUGGCAGGCCUGGGCUUAGGCCUGAGCCUCAUUUUCAUUGCUGUCUACCUCAUCCGUUUCUGCUGCUGCCGGCCCCCAGAGCCGCCCGGGGCCAAGAGCCCUCCGCCCGGGGGAGGCUGUGUCACUUGGAGCUGCAUUGCUGCCCUUCUCGUCGCACUGGCAUUGGCAUCGGUUUCUAUGGCAACAGCGAGACCAGUGAUGGGGUGUCCCAGCUCAGCUCUGCACUGCUGCAUGCCAACCACACACUCACUGCCAUUGACCACCUGGUGUUGGAGAUGGUGGAGAGGUUGGAUGAGGCCGUGAGGACAGAGCUGACCACUCUGGAGGAGGUGCUGACGCAGCGCACGGAGCUGGUGGCGGCCACCCGGGGGGCUCGGCGGCAGGCGGAAGCCGUGGCCCAGCAGCUCCAGGGGCUGGCCUUCUGGCAGGAAGUGCCCCUGAGCCCCGUGCAAGUAGCUGAAGAUGUGUCCUUUGUGGAGGAGUACAGGUGGCUGGCCUACGUUCUCCUGCUGCUCCUGGAGCUGCUGGUCUGCCUCUUCACCCUCCUGGGCCUGGCGAAGCAGAGCAAGUGGCUCGUGAUUGUGAUGACGGUGAUGAGUCUCCUGGUUCUUGUCCUUAGCUGGGGCUCCAUGGGCCUGGAGGCAGCUACGGCCGUGGGCCUCAGCGACUUCUGCUCCAGUCCGGACACCUACAUCCUGAACCUGACCCGGGAGGAGACUGGCCUUGGCUCAGACAUCCUGAACUAUUAUUUCCUCUGCAACCAGGCCGUCUCCAACCCCUUUCAACAGAGGCUGACUCUGUCCCAGCGAGCUCUGGCCAACAUCCACUCCCAGCUGCAGGGGCUGGAGCGAGAAGCUGUCCCCCAGUUCCCUUCUGCUCAGGAGCCUCUGCUGUCCUUGGAGGAGACGCUGAAUGUGACAGAAGGAAACUUCCACCAGUUGGUGGCACUGCUGCACUGUCGUGGCCUGCACAAGGAUUAUGGCGCAGCCCUGCGGGGCCUGUGUGAGGACGCCCUGGAAGGCCUGCUCUACCUGCUGCUCUUCUCCCUCCUGUCUGCGGGGGCCCUGGCCACCGCCCUCUGCAGCCUGCCCCGCGCCUGGGCCCUCUUCCCACCCAGUGACGACUAUGAUGACACAGAUGAUGACGACCCUUUCAACCCUCAGGAAUCCAAGCGCUUCGUGCAGUGGCAGUCAUCUAUCUGAGCCCUUCCUCCAUGCCAGACUGGAGCCUGUUCCCCAUCUCCGUUCCUUCCCCAGCUGCCGGAGAAGACCCCACUAACCCAGCCUCACUGGGCUCCUACCACUAACAAUGCCCUGGCUACGGACACCUUAAACAGGACUGCCUUGCCGCCUGCCCUGCCCCCUCUAUGUGUCCUUAGCCCUGGAAGUAAGCCGAGGGGGUAGGCCAGGGCCCUGAGCUGGCCGGGGAGCGGGCAGACAGCCAGACCCACAGCCUCUCAGCCCUGAAGGGAUGUGAGUGCCCCCGCCCUACCACACCCCAGUGGGCUUAGGGCCCCUGAUCUCCACUUGCGGCACCAACUUGGGAAAGGGUUGAUUUGAAAUAAAAGGGACGACUUUAUUUUACAA